CUGGCAAAUAUAGAGGGACUAAAGCCGGCUGCCUCCACACAUAAGCACAUCUCUCUGGCGGAUGCGUUAAUGAUUUACUGACAGCUUAGUAAUAAAGAGCGUCUUUUUAAACGGAAGAGAUGUCGACAAGACCGGGAUUCUACCGGCAAGAACUAAACAAGACUGUCUGGGAGGUGCCAGAACGAUACCAGAAUCUCACACCGGUUGGAUCGGGGGCAUAUGGCUCAGUAUGCUCAGCAUAUGAUGUGCGCCUUCGUCAGAAAGUGGCCGUCAAGAAGCUCUCCAGGCCUUUCCAGUCCCUCAUCCACAGCAGAAGAACGUACAGAGAACUGAGACUCCUCAAACACAUGAAACAUGAGAAUGUUAUCGGACUGCUGGACGUUUUCACUCCGGCGGUUUCUCUUGAAGAAUUCAAUGAGGUAUAUCUUGUGACCAACCUGAUGGGAGCGGAUCUCAACAACAUUGUCAAAUUUCAGAGACUUUCAGAUGAGCAUGUGCAAUUCCUCAUUUAUCAGCUUCUCCGGGGCCUUAAGUACAUCCAUUCAGCUGGGCUGAUCCACAGAGAUUUAAAGCCAAGUAAUGUUGCAGUGAAUGAAGAUUGUGAACUCAGGAUCCUGGAUUUUGGAUUAGCCAGGCAGACAGACGAUGAGAUGACGGGAUAUGUAGCAACUCGUUGGUACCGAGCCCCCGAGAUCAUGCUCAACUGGAUGCAUUACAACCAGACAGUGGAUAUCUGGUCUGUCGGAUGCAUCAUGGGUGAACUUCUGAAGGGGAAGGUUUUGUUUCCUGGCAACGAUUAUAUAGAUCAGCUAAAGAGAAUCAUGGAGGUUGUAGGCACUCCCACGCCUGAUGUUUUGAAGAAGAUAUCCUCUGAACAUGCUCAGAAGUACAUACAGUCUCUUCCACACAUGCCUCAGCAGGACUUGGCAAAGAUAUUUAGAGGAGCAAAUCCACUGGCGGUUGAUCUGUUAAAAAAAAUGCUAGUAUUAGACUGUGAUGGGAGGAUUUCAGCCAGUGAAGCUCUGUGCCAUCCAUACUUUUCCCAAUACCACGAUCCUGAAGAUGAACCGGAGGCGCCUCCGUAUGAUCAGACCCCCGAGAGCAAGGAUCGCACACUGGAGGAGUGGAAGGAGCUGGUGUUUGAGGAAGUAAGCAAUUUUAAAGACCCUCCCAAUAAGCCUGAAAGUCUUCAGGCUGAACAAUAAAACUGAGCAUAACUACAAUCCAGGAAGAUGCCGCCCUCGCCCCUGUCUGUCUUUCAAACUACAGGACUGGUGGACACUUAAUGAACAGCUUGCAGUCCAACCAGAGACAAUGACUAUAUAUUUCCAAGGCAUGAUGCCCUUCCUGUAUGUGGGUGUGUGUUCAAUGAACAUUGUUCAUACACACUUAAUUAAGAGCAAAACACGACCAGUAUUGUUUGAACAUAGACACAAUGUAUUAAUAUCACCAGGUGCAUGUUGUGUGUGUAUGUAUGCAGAGUUGUGUGUUUUGAGUGGUUUUUUAUAUUUGAUGUGAGACAGGUGAAGCAGGGUAUGGUGUCUUUCAUACGAGACCAAAACAAACUAAGCAGGAGGAGGAGAAAAAUAUGUUUACAGUGUUGGACAUGGAGUGGGAUGUGUUUCUUAAAACGUUUAUAUAUGCAUCAAUGUACAAAAGUCUGCAUAAAACUGAAUCAGUUACAUAAUCGGUCUUUACUUGUUUUGCAUCUGCAAGGCUGUUUGAAUAUAACAUACCUCAAAUGCAUCAUGUGUGUUUGCAUGGAAUAACACCUCAGAUGAAAAUGAAGUGAUUAAUAGUUGUUUAGUUACAGAAAACAGAUGGUGGUGAGAGAACUCAUCCCAGCCACAAAUAGUCUUUUCUUCACAAAACGUUGAAAUAAAGGUUAACUGUUAGUUUACGCUGCACUACAACAGUGCCCAUAUAAUUCAGCAUAUGCUGGAUGUUUUUCGUUUCUCAGGUUAUUUAAGGGACCAGUAUGUGGUUUGAUGUCAUAUAUUGUAAUACAUAAAUUUCCAAGUCCAUUUCUAUAGUACAAGUCAGUUUUCAUUUGUUAAUAUCCUUAUCUAUCACAAAACCUGUAUCCUUAUCUAUCACAAAACAUGUUCAGUAAAUCUGGGUCACAAUUCACCCUAAAAUUCAAGUAAGUAAGUAAAUAAAUGUAUCUUGCAUUAAAGAAUAUAUACUUUUAGGACCAUUA